AUGAGUCAGGCCCUCCAAAAGUAUGAAAAGUUGGAGAAAAUAGGAGAAGGGACUUACGGAAAGGUUUACAAGGCGAGAAAUCGGGAGACCCAUGAGGUCGUCGCAUUAAAACGAGUACGUCUGGAAGAUGACGACGAAGGUAUCCCCAGCUCGGCCUUCAGAGAGAUAUGUCUCUUGAAGGAACUCAAGCAUAGGAACAUUGUAAGGUUGUAUGACGUACUGAUAAGUGAGUCCAGACUUACAAUAGUAUUUGAGCAUUGUGAUCAAGAUCUCAAAAAGUAUUUUGAUGCCUGCAAUGGUGAGAUCGAUCCGGCUACGGUUAAACUAUUUAUGUACCAACUACUCCGUGGACUCCAAUUCUGCCACGCCAAUCAUGUACUCCACCGUGACCUGAAACCGCAGAACCUGCUCAUCAACUCGAACGGAGAGUUGAAGUUGGCUGAUUUUGGUUUGGCAAGGGCAUACGGGAUUCCAGUUCGGCAAUACUCCGCAGAAGUGGUAACGCUGUGGUAUCGACCACCUGACGUGCUCUUUGGUGCCAAAAUUUACACCACCUCCAUUGAUAUGUGGUCAGCGGGCUGCAUCUUUGCCGAGCUUUCCAACGCUGGCAGGCCAAUGUUCCCCGGCUUCGAUGUAGAUGACCAACUCCGUCGGAUUUUUAAAUUGCUUGGUACUCCGACUGAGUCAACCUGGCCAGGUGUAACCGAACUUCCAGAGUACAAGACAUUUACCAUCUACCCAAAAAAUACCCAUUGGCAACAGGUAGUUCCUAAUCUCUCAGCUCGUGGCCGUGAUCUGCUACAGCAAUUGCUUGUGUGCAAUCCUUCAGAACGGGCCAGCGCAGAUCAGGCUCUGGACCAUCCUUACUUCGACACCGUAGCCCACUAG